AAUUAAUCUCUCCGCUAGACGCCUAGACCUACGCUUCAGCCGUUCCUCCAUGGCAUCCAGAACCCUGAUCUCGUUUUUUCCACUGAAGCACCGCCGGAAUACGGAAGCACGCCAGAUUAGCUGAAUCACGGUCACCACAAACACCAUCAAUCUCGAAGGCAGCAAGUAAUCUUACUACGAGCGGCUAAUAAGGAGUGGAAUCUUCAUCGUUCUCGUCAUGUAGACUCCUACUAUGCGUGGCUCCACCUCGGCGACGGUGGUAGACUCCGGCCCUCGAUUGGAAACUGCAAUCUUCUGCCACACAAUUGGAGUACGACCUCGACAACGAUGUUUGUUGCUCGUGAGCGGCGCAGGGCAGCCUGAAUGAGACCGAUUUUGAAGACGAGUUUAGGAAUAUGUUUGGAGAAUCCAGUUCUAAAUGAGAUCGAUUUGGAAGGCUUCUUAAUGGUGAGUGCUUAGUAUGUUCCUCUUUCUUUUAACCAUUUUAGCUUGUUAUUCUACUGUGUGUUAGUGGUGGAAUUGGUAUUCUGGAAAUUUGAACUUUACUUAAUCUAAUGAGAAGGCAGUUUGAUAGAACUACUUCUAAUUGGAAAAGAUGAAAUGUGGAAUGCCAUUUUUCAGAGCUAAAGCAGUUUGUAAGUGAUUUCUGAACUGCACACAUCAAUUUAAUUUGUACGUACUUCUUCUUCUGCUCUGUUUUAUCUCAGUAAAUAGUUUCACUCGGAGUUGUAAAUUUAGUAAGAUUAUAUGGUACAGAUGAUCCUUUCAUAUAGUGGCAGUUUUAUUUGAUCAAAGUAUAUCAUCCUUUCAUAUACGGUUAAAACUUAUAUUCCUGUUUGUCUAACUUUAAUUUAAAUGAUGACAAGUUUCUAACAUCCUUUUAUUUUAUUAGAGUUACCGGGGUAAUAACUAAUUCUUCAGGUUAUAGAAAUGAAAUAGAAUGUAUAAUUUAAUCCAAAAAGUAAAAUAUUAAAAGGAAAGAACUUGAUUAGUGACUACAUGUCUACAUAGUAUAUAAUUUGUUAGUUUUGUGAUUUAUUUUGUAAAUUUACUAAUAUCCUUGAAGGUCAGACUUUUUUGUAUGUAUAUUUAGUGUUAGUUCCUAGUGUUAAUUAGUUUCAGUCUAUAAUUUUCCAGAGAUGAUAACUAAUGAGUCAUCUCAUCACAUUAAUUGUGUGUCACCCCUUCUGAACAGAAUUGUCAAGAUAAAAGAUGGUUUAUACACGUUGUUGGGUGGCCAAAGUGAGGUUAUUAAUUGUUUCAAUGCUUUCCACGUGAAAGGGAAUAUAUGCUCCAGUGAAGUGUAUGAUAUCUUGAGAACAAGAAACCACAAUAAACCUUGGAUGAGAUGGAUAUGGAAACACUACAUCCCACCUAAGUAUUCAUUUAUCCUUUGGCUUGGAACUUGGUUGCUAGUUAGAAAGUUUGGUUGCUGGUGUUUUGGGCAGAUUGGCAGAACUUUGUUGCUGGCAUGGUUUUUGUAUUCGUGCAACACUUGUUGCAUGAAGCUUUAGUCUAUUUUGCUAAUGCUUGAUGGGGAAUGCCUCUGAUUAUGUAAUUAACAUUUCUUGGCAGCUUAUUUAAAUUUACCUUUUAUCCCCUCCAAAAAUUGUCAUAUCUUAAAGUAAUUUUUAUAUUAAUAUUUAUGAAAUUCUAGUUUUCUUUUUCUGAUGUGCUAGAUCAAUGAAAAUUGUGAGGAAAAGCCAACAGAUGAAGACAAUGAAGUGACAUUUUCCCUUGGCCUCUAGUUUCAUUUGGUUUCAACUGAAUAGUCAGCAGCCACUAAAUUUGCUCCACCUGUAUAUUAUUGAGAUUUAUUGAAUAGUUGUAAUUUACUUAAAAGUUUUAUGUUAUUACUUCAUUGUAAGCCUAAAUGUUAUUAUGAAUUCAAGUUCUAUGGCGAGUUAUGACUUUAAUUAUAGUGAAAUUUAUUGUUCAACUAAUC